GGGAGAGUAGCUUCCCUUGCAAAUAUAUACAAACAUGACCUCUUGGCAGUCUUGUAAACAAGGAUGAACUCUAGGAAGAUUGCUUCAUUAAAGUCGGCAGUUUAUAAGGGGAACCAAUGGCAAUCAAAGUAAGAUUGUCAGAUGGUUAGAAGAACCAACUGGAACAAUGGAUUGGACACGGCCACAAGGACUGUGUGUUGCUGUUCAGCUUUUCCAUAGACGGUGGAACAGCAAGUGCUUUCCACAACAAGUGCAACAACCAAGGUCCUACAGUCACUGUGAUACACAAUGAACACAAGUCCGUGUAUGGGGGAUAUGCUAACCAGUCGUGGACAUCAUGCAAUGGCGAUGUAACCGACCAGCAGGCAUUUCUCUAUCAGCUGCAGUUUUCUGGAGCUAUUAAGUGUAAUAAAUUCCCAGUAUCCAAUCAUUCAUGGGCAUUAUAUGAUAAUGCUAAUUGUGGACCGAUUUUCGGGCGCAGUAUGCAUGAUUUGUGGAUCUUCUGCAGUGCUACAAAGACCGGAGGCUUUUACAAUUUGGAUGGCCACAUGGAUGGAUUUGGAACCAACUACAACGUUAAUGGUAAAAAAGCAACAGAAGUGAACAAUGGCACAAAAUGUGUGGAAGAACUGGAGGUUUAUAAAGUUGUUGAUUGUAGUGGGAAUCUGUGCUCGCCAUGCUGUACCGAAAGCUAUGGAAGAAAAGCCAUGGCGAAAAACGAGCCAAUGGAGUCAGAAGAAAAUGCUGGAGGACAUUGCUUCUCUUAAGCCAGUAUUUGAGCUCGGCGUAACUGACUUCCGGAUUGCAAUGUUUGGGCCGCUGGGAGGGGGUAAGUCCAGCUGCGUCAACACUCUGUUGUCAACGUUUUCUGGUAGAAUAUCACAGCGAGCGUCUACGGGGUGUGGCAGAACAGGCACGAUAACAUCGUACACGCCAUAUCCACUGAAGUCCAGUUCUGGGUCGUCGUCAAACAUUCGAGUUUAUGGUACUCCUGGAUUUACUGAAGCUUCUGGAUUGGAUAUGAUAGAUUUCUAUCACAUAUUAGAGGGGCAUGUUUGCGAUCACUUUAUGUUUCACCCAUCAGCCCACAUUACAUGGAAGUCAGAGAAGUUUGUUCAGAAACCAACAAUGAACCAUCGUAUUCAUUGUGGAGUGAUCGUCAUUGAUGCUUCGACGGUUGAUGCUCUCACAGAUGAAAACACGUCUAAACUGAAAGCACUGAAAUCCUUGAUGGACGAAAAAGGGAUCCCUUGUGUUGUCCUACUGACCAAAAUCGACAAGGUUGCUCCUGAACUGGAAGACAACUGGAAGACGACCUUUAAAGAUCCAAAGGUCAAGGAGUGCGUGGACAAAGCAGCAACCGCAAUUGGAAUCAGUAGAAACAACGUGCACCCAGUGAAGAAUUACGAGAUAGAAGUAGAGGUCGACGAAGAUUUGAAUGUGCUGUCGCUGUUGGCGUUGCGGCAAAUCAUACACCUCUCGAUGGAUCACAUGGAAAACGUGAAGUUGCGAGAAGACGGAAAUGCUGUUUCUGAGAGCGCGGAAGCGGUGGGGUCAGAUACCGCUUAAAUUUAAAAGGAGUUUUUAUUCAGUAACGUGAGAUGGAGUUAAUCUUACAGGAUGUUCACAUUAAUUAAUUCGGAUUCUUUGUUAUCAUUAUUGCUAAUAAAUGGUAAGGUAUUCAAACUUGGUAGGGAAAAUAGUCUUUUUCAGCAGAUGGCCACAUUUGAUUUUAAAGUCGGUCGAUCAAAGGUCACGGUCAUGGUGACUUUUAACACAAAAAGGGAGUCCGAUUGAUAAGUAGAGUAUCCUCGGGACUCAAGCUUAGAAGGUAGAUUAUGCCCAGCAAAUGAAGUCUAUUGAUUUUACCGUCUGAAUUUCAAAGGUCAGUGUCGCAGUGACCUUGAACACAAACAACUUUAUCCGAAUAAUACUUAGUGUGUGUUCGGGCCUACGGUUUUCAAACUUGAUAGGGAUGUUGAUCAUGACAAGCAGAUGACCCCGAUUGAAAAUUAGGUCAAAUGACAUGGUCGCUGUGGCGGUGACCUCUACCCUUCUGAUUUUGUACUCAUUAGGUCAAAAGUCAUGUUGGAAAAA